CACCUGGCGCCCGCUGUCCCCGAACCGGCCGGGGUCUGGGACGCUGCGCGCAGCGGGCCCCACAGCGACCCCUCCCUUGGGUCCUGGGCACCCGAGCGUCGAGCCCAAGGGCAAGAACCGCAGUCGUAUCAACAUGCCCUCUGUCCUGCUGCUGGAAGCCAUCUGCGUUUGCCUGUUGGCGGGAGCGCCCCCUUCCCUCCCUCUUCAGGAAGUCCACGUGAGCAGGGAGACCCUGGGGAAGAUUUCAGCCGCCAGCAAAACUGUGUGGUGCUCCGCCGCGGUGGACGUCCUGUUUCUGAUAGAUGGCUCUCACAGCAUCGGGAAAGGGAGCUUUGAAAGGGCCAAGCACUUUGCCAUCACGGUCUGCGCCGCUCUGGACAUCAACCCCGAGAGGGUCAGGGUGGGAGCGGUCCAGUUCAGUUCCGCUCCUUGGCUGGAAUUCCCCUUGGACUCCUUGUCAACCCAACAGGAAGUGAAGACAAAACUCAAGAGGAUGGUUUUCAAAGGAGGGCGCACCGAGACAGGCCUCGCUCUGAAAUACUUUCUGCGCAGAGGGUUCCCCGGGGGCCGAAAUGCCUCUGUGCCCCAGGUGCUCAUCAUCAUCACGGACGGCAGGUCCCAAGGACAGGUGGCACUGCCGGCCAAGCAGCUGCAGGAGAGAGGGGUCACUGUGUUUGCCGUGGGCGUGCGCUUCCCCAGGUGGGAGGAGCUGCACACGCUGGCCAGCGAGCCCAGGGAGCAGCACGUGCUGAUGGCCGAGCAGGUGGAGGACGCCACCAACGGCCUGUUCAGCGCCCUCAGCAGCUCCAACUUCUGUACCUUCGCCUCUCCAGACUGCAGGGUCCAGCCUCACCCCUGUGAGCGCAAGACGCUGGAGACGGUCAGGGAGCUGGUCGGCAGCGGCCUGUGCUGGAGAGGAUCGCGGGGGACCGAUGGUGUGCUGGCUGCCCCCUGCCCCUUCUUCAGCUGGAAGAAAGUGUUCUUAACCCACCCUGCCACCUGCUACAGGACCACCUGCCCAGGCCCCUGUGACUCGCAGCCUUGCCAGAAUGGAGGCACGUGUGUUCCAGAAGGACUGGACAGGUACCACUGCCUGUGCCCGCCGGCCUUCAGAGAGGAGGCUAACUGUGCCCCGACGCUGAGCCUGGCGUGCAGAAUCGACGUCCUCUUCCUGCUGGCCAGCUCGGCGGGCACCACGCCGGAGGGCUUCCUGCGGGCCAAGGCCUUUGUGAAGCGGUUUGCCCAGGCGUCACUGAACGAGGACUCCCGGGCCCGCGUGGGUGUGGCCCGGUACAGCGGGGAGCUGGAGGUGGCCGUGCCCGUGGGCGAGUACCUGGACGUGCCCGACCUGGUCCGGAGCCUCGAUGCCCUCCCCUUCGGCGGAGGCGCCACCCUGACGGGCAGUGCCCUGCGGCAGGCGGCGGAGCGCGGCUUUGGGAGCGCCAGGACCGGCCUGGACCGGCCACGCAGAGUGCUGGUGCUGCUCACGGAGUCACGCUCCGAGGACGAGGUGGCCGGCCCAGCGCGCCACGCGAGGGCCCGCCAGCUGCUCCUGCUGGGCCUGGGCAGCGAGGCCGUGCGGGCGGAGCUGGAGGAGAUCACGGGCAGCCCAGAGCACGUCAUAGUCUACGCCGACCCGCAGGACCUGUUCCACCAAAUCCCGGAGCUGCAGGGCAAGCUGUGCAGCCGGCCGCGGCCAGGCUGCCGGGCACAGUCGCUGGACCUGGUCUUCCUGCUGGACGCCUCGGCCUCCGUGGGGCCCGAGAAUUUCGCCCGGAUGCAGAGCUUCGUGAGGAGCUGCGCCCUCCAGUUCGACGUGGACCCCGACGUGACACAGAUCGGCCUGGUGGUGUACGGCAGCCGGGUCCAGACAGCCUUCGGGCUGGACACCCACGUCGCCCGCCCCGCCGUGCUGCGGGCCACCAGCCAGGCCCCCUACCUGGGCGGGGCGGGCUCGGCAGGCACCGCCUUGCUGCACAUCUACGACAGGGUGAUGACUGUCCAGAGGGGCGCCCGGCCUGGCGUCCCCAAGGCCGUGGUGGUGCUCACCGGGGGCCGAGGGGCGGAGGACGCGGCCGUCCCCGCCCAGAAGCUGAGGGACAACGGCGUCUCUGUCUUGGUGGUGGGCGUGGGGCCCGUCCUGAGCGAGGCGCUGCGGAGGCUCGCGGGCCCCCGGGACGCCCUGAUCCACGUGGCGGCCUACACGGACCUGAGGUUCCACCGGGACGCGCUCAUCGAGUGGCUCUGUGAAGAAGCCAAUCGGCCCGUCAACCUCUGCAAACCCAGCCCGUGCAUGCACGAGGGCACCUGCGUCCUGCGGAACGGGAGUUACCUCUGCGCGUGCCGCGACGGCUGGGAGGGCCCCCACUGUGAGAACCGGGCCUUGAGAGGAGAUGCCCUCAAGGCAGGAGGGCGGCCGCCCAGCCCGCCCCAGCAACUCCGGAGGCCUGGGCACCCCGGACGCUGAAAGGGCGCCUGCCCUCGGCGGAGCAUCCUCUUGACGGUCCUCUGAGCACCUGCCUCCAGCUCUGUCCGGAGCCCGCCUGCGCUUUCCUCACCCGGGAACAGCGAUGUCCCAGCUGCAGACUGCGUCUCUCAGGGCUCAGUACCAGCUGAUUUCACUCGCUAAUGAUGGUGGUGGAAACUCUUGACGUGUAAGUAAACAUUUCCUUUCUAGUUGUGCCCUGUUGAGCUUGUGGCCGUCCCCUUCCCCCUGAGGAGAAACAGGAACCCGGAGACUUUUGAUGGCCCGUGGGCAGCUCACACGGCCAUCGGCAAAUGUUGGGACAGUGAUGCUCAAGAGGCGGCAGUGGCUAGCGUGUUGUUCGGACCACCGAAGCGAUGGCAUUUCGAGAUGGAGAAAGUGCAGAACUUCUUCUUUCCCGAAAGACGUCCUAGAUGCGUUCGUGGUUUUCGUUUGAAAAGGGGCUUGAGCGGCAUUUGUGACCUCUGGUGACUGGCUGUGUGUGGGGGGAGACGGGGAAAGGCCCAGAUUGGACAGUGACCGAUGAACCAGCUUGUUUGGCUCUGGGGCUGAGUGUGCAAACAGCCCUGGUUCUGGGGGGGCCGCAUUCUCCUUUAGAGUGUACUUGGGGGGGCGUGUCAUUGUGGGGUGUUUACUGAGUGCUUUUCUUAUUCUCCUUUUAGUGGGGGUGCAAAGAGCAAUGGAAUUCUUAAACUCAACAGAUAGAGAAUAAAGAAACUUAGAACGGUUUUGCUUUUUCCUGUGUAGUUUUUGAAGGAUUUCAAGCAAUGAUGUUGGUUAUUCACAGGGGUGCUUGUAUGGUUGUGGCACAGAUGCGUGCGUUGGGACAUUCUCUGGUAAACCAGGCACUUCCUCACCCCGGCCUGUUUAGGCACCCGUUCUUCCCAUCGGUUGUGGUUGUGUCGUUUUGAGUUCAGUUUUCAGGGGAAACUGUUGCAGAGCCCUCACCUCAGUCCAGACACUUUUCUCUUUACUGUCCAUAACGCCAUGCCCUCUAUGCAGAGGUCACGGCUACCUCCACUUAAACGCCACUGAGCUUCCUGGUUAUCGCCACGGUGCUGUCGAUGGUAGAAAGAAAACGCCGGGUGCCAAGGCUAUCGCGACAGCGGUUUGUGCUCAAGGGUAUUUUCAUUCCUGUUGUUACGCUGGCCUUGGCGGAAGGGGACAUCAGAGCAAGGCCACAAGGCUACCCAGCAGGGGCCGAUGUUGGAGAACUUUCAAGAAUUUGUCGUCUUGAAAAUUCACAGCAGUUUAAUCACUUUAGAGUAUGGGUUCUCCGUCUGGUUCAAGGCUAUUUGGAUGUCCAAUUUGAGUUGCUUGGACUCUAAAAAAAGCCCCAUAAAAUUGUGGGUUACAUAUUAAGGCUUCGCCGCUUCUAGUUUAGGUCCCAGCAGCAACGGAGGGCAUGCCUUUCUUACUGCCUGACCGGCCAAGCCUUUUAUGUUCUUGUAAAAAUUGAAGCAUUGCAGUAAGCCACCCAUCUUUCAUUUUCUCUGAAUGAUUCUCAUUCCAGCCACCGUACCCAAGCACAUGUGUUCUAGUAGUUCAUUGAUGCUCUUUGCUUUUCUUGAAAAACAUUGUUUACAAAUAGUGACAGUUUUGUCUCUUCCUUUGGGAGCUUUAUAUUGAUUUUUCUUGUCAUUUUGCAUUAUCUAGAACCUGCAGAAUAAUGUUUUUAAUAGGUAGUGGCCACAGCACAUAUCUGCUUCCUUUUCACCAUUAGAUAUUUUUGUGUGGGUAGGAACGCUUUUAUUCCUAGAUUACAGAGAAUGUUUUAGGAGUGUUGAGAUUUGUGAUAUGCUUUUCUGCUUCCUUUGAGAUGAUUCCCCCCACACACACACACAUAUAAUCUGUACAUACAAUAACUUACCUAUCAGUGUAUUAUCGGUGGUUGAACCACUCUGAUUCUGAAUCAACGCUAUCUGGUCAUUAAUGUGCUUAAAGAUGACAAAACCAAACCCUGGCAACCUGAGGCGACAUUAAAGGCACAACUGAGCCUGGAGUACACAUGCUGACAAGAUUUUCUUGAAUCACAAGAAAAUGCUAUGAACAUAGCAGUUUGAGGAGUAUUUUCCAUUGUAUACAGUUAGCACAGCUCUGGAACCAAAAAUCCAACACAUACUGGCAAAAGAAAAACCAAAUCUUAAUUUUGGACGUACAUGAAAAAGGUCCUGCCCAAAAAGAUUGGCAAAUUUUGUUAUUUGUAAAAAUAAACACAUUUAUGCUAGGAACUUCCUUAAUUUACCACUUAGGCAACUCUCUAAGUACCGGUUUCUUUCCCCAAAGAAUGAUUUAGGAAUGUGUUUAGCUUCCAGAAGUAGUCAGUUCCUGCAGAUGUUUCUAGUGGAUUUGGCGCGUGGUUAAUUAUACUUUGAAAACCCUUUCCGUUUUCCAUCUAUGCUCCUGGAGUCAAGGAGGCAUAACAUCACCUGCUAAGAUGGCACCUUGUAAAGCCCUCGGUUUUACACACACGUUUUGAAGUUCAGGGUGUAAAUAAAUAACCAAGACAUUCCCCCUUGAGGUACAAGUCCAACAGGCCCUGCCAAGUCACUCCAUGAAAUACAAGAAACCUCCAAAAAUACAAUUAACAUUUUAUUUUUUU